AUGUCGUCUUCAUCAUCGUCGACCUCUUUUGAUUCGUUCGGUUCCGAAGAUUAUGAUGAUGCCGUCGAAAGUGCCGUUGUUGGCGCCAUUACCUUAGCCAUGAGGGUCGCACAAGAGGAGGAGGAAGAAGAAGAGAGGCCGCGUUUUACUAGAAGGGUGGUUCUUGUACGUCGUCGUGCAGAGGCACAAGAAAACUUGAUGCGAGACUACUUUGCGGAUCAACCGACUUACACCCCGCCACAAUUUAGACGGCGGUUUAGAAUGCAUAAGGGUUUGUUUGUAAAGAUUGUUGGCGACAUGGAACGGGAGUAUAGAUAUUUUCAACAAAGGGUAAACGCCGCGGGAAAGCUUGGUGUAAUUCGAUUGUAUGGCCGUACAUACCUACGUAGACCAACAUGGACUGAUCUUCAGCGUAUAUAUGAUGUGCAUGAAAGAGUUCAUGGUUUUCCCGGUAUGAUUGGUAGUAUUGACUGUAUGCAUUGGCCAUGGGAGAUGUGUCCCACGGCGUGGAGAGGCACCCACACACGGGGGGACAUAGGUAGACCUUCGUUGAUUCUUCAAGCGGUUGCAUCGUAUGAUCUAUGGAUUUGGAAUGCUUUCUUUGGGCCACAAGGGUCUUAUAAUGACAUCAAUGUAUUCGAGUCAUCUCCUGUGCUUGAAGAUCUUAUAUCCGGUUUGGCGCCCUCAGCAUCUUUUUAUGCAAAUGGUAACUUCUACGAGAGAGGGUACUACCUAGGCGACGGGAUAUACCCCGAGUAUGCUACAUUCGUCAAGACUUUUACCGAUUCAAUUGACGAAAAGAGAAAGCUUUUUAAGAAAAAGCAAGAGGCGGCACAUAAGGGUAUAGAAAGAGCUUUUGGUGUGUUAAAAAAAGAUGGAAGGUCCUUAAUCAUCCGGCUCAGUAUUGGGACAAGGCACUCAUGCAAGACGUGA